GCGGUGCGUGCGGCGCGGGCGCCUCAGCGGCUCCAGAAGUUUCCUGGGGGCGACGGGCGGCAUGGAGGAGGCGGCGGGAGCGGCAGCGGGAGCGGCCCCGCCGCGGUUCUCGGACGCGGACGUCGACCGGGACCCGGGGGCGGCGGCGCAGGAACUGACAACAGCUUUGGAAAAGAAUCCAGAUGAUGCAGAAUGUUAUUGUCAACGAGCUUAUGCUCAUAUUCUUCUACAGAAAUAUGCUGAUGCAGUUGCAGAUGCAAAAAAGUCUCUAGAACUCAACCCAAAUAAUGCUGUAGCGCUCCUUAGAAAAGGGUUAGGUGAAUAUCAUAUCAAAAACUAUGCAUCUGCUUUAGAGUCUUUCAGAGAGGGACAGAGGCUGGACAAUGUAGAUGAUACCUUUACUAUUUGGAUAAAAAGAUGUGAAGAAACACUGAAUGCAUCACAGACUGAUUCGAAUAUGCAGCAGCAGCCUCUGCCACCAAAGAUCAAGUAUGACUGGUACCAAACAGAAUCUCAAGUAAUUGUGACCAUAAUGAUCAAGAAUGCACAGAAGGAUGAUGUCAGUGUGCAGUUUUUGGAGAGAAAGAUGAAUGCAUCAGUGAGACUUCCAUCAGGUGAAGACUUCAACUUGAAGCUUGAUCUUCUUCAUUCUAUAGUGCCAGAGCAAAGUACGUUUAAAGUGCUUUCAACAAAGGUUGAGAUAAAAAUGAAGAAGCCAGAGGCUGUAAGAUGGGAGAAGCUGGAGGGCCAGGGAGAUUCUCCUAAGUUAAAACAAUUUACACCAGAUACCCAGCACUUAUACCCAUCAUCGUCUCACUAUACAAGGAACUGGGACAAACUGGUAGUUGAAAUCAAAGAAGAGGAGAAAAAUGAGAAAUUAGAAGGAGAUGCUGCUUUAAAUAAACUCUUCCAGCAAAUCUAUUCAGAUGGUACAGAUGAAGUAAAACGUGCCAUGAACAAAUCAUUCAUGGAGUCUGGUGGCACAGUUCUGAGCACCAACUGGUCUGAUGUUGGUAAAAGGAAGGUAGAAGUAAAUCCUCCUGAUGACGUGGAAUGGAAAAAAUUCUAAUCCUCUUUCUGAUCUUUACCAUCUAUGUGUUGCCAUAGUCAUGUACUGACCACUAUGUAUGGACAUAGCAUUCUUGGAUUCAAAGCACUGAAUGUUCCCUUGAAAACAGGAAUUGUCUGUACAUUUUGCGUGCUUUAGAAAUUCCCUCACCUGCAGAUCUUAAAGAUAUACUCAAGAGUGGAACCCUAUUUUUAUCAUCUGUCUUAAUUUCUGGGAAUUGAGUCCAUCAGUCCAAAUUUUUUACCACCUUUAUCAGCUCUCCUCUUUGGGAUAGGGUGAUCUCUAAUGGCUGGUCAUGAUUAUUGCCUUACACCUGGUAUUUCUGUUCAAUAACUUAUUAGAUCUUGGCAAUUUUGGGUAAAAACACUUUUCACAACAGUGUUAAAAUUGUUUGCUCCUUAACUCUGCUAAAUAAAACUGUAAAUACAACUUUUUCUAUAA